AUGGAAAGAUGGACAAGGGAAGAACCUCAACCAUUAAUUUUAAAACGAAUUAUAUCACUUGCCAAGGACACAGCAGCAGUAAUUGAUGAACACAUAAUUGGUAGUGUGCCAUUAAAUUUAAAGGGAUUAUUUGCAACAAGUGUAUCAGGAUUGCAUGAUGUAAUAAUUCGUAUCCGUGGUCGACAUAUGGUUAAACGGAAAGUGGUGAACAGAAAAGUUGUGGAAGGACCACUUCCAGUACUGGAUUAUGAUCCUGUAACAGAAUAUGUAAAGAUUUUGCGGUGCAAUUUUUCAUCAAUUGCAUUAUUUUUCUACAAUAAAUAUGCCGGUGAUAUGAUUGGUGUUGUUUGGAAACCAGCAGCAUUCACACCACGUGAUUCUAAGAUUUCGGGUUGCUUGCAUCGUACAAAAGGAGCGGACAAUUUGCUCACAGUGAACGUAGAAGCAGUUCUGGAAGAUUUUGCAGUCCUCGGCCAUGGAAUUGUCCGGGAUGUUCGCAAGAACUGGUCUACCGCUAGCGAUGAAAAUAAUCAGGAAAAUGGAGGAUAG